CACACAAACUAAACUCGUUUAUUUAUCUAUUCACAUAUCUCAUCAAAUCAAACCAAUAAAAAAAUAGAAGAAAGAGUGAAGAAGAGAGAAAGAGAGAAAUCAAAGAUGGGAUCCCUAGGAGAACUUGUAGAAGACUGUUUUGGAGUUGUGCGGUUAUACAGUGAUGGAUCAGUCUAUAGGGCAAAUGAGUGUGAUAUUGAUUUUGGGCAUUAUAAUUAUAACAUGAAUACAGAAGAAAUGGUUGAAAAAGGAUGUUUAGUUGAAUGGGAAGAUUGUAUAUUUGAUGAGCAACAUCAACUAUAUUUACGUGUGUUUAAACCUUGUUUUAACAACAAAAAUAUCACCAAAAACAAUAAAUUGCCGGUUGUUUAUUACAUUCAUGGAGGAGGCUUUUGCCUUGGGUCUCGAACAUGGCCUAAUUGUCAUAACUAUUGUCUUCGCCUUGCUUCUCAGCUUCAAGCCCUUGUUAUUGCACCUGAUUACAGGUUGGCACCAGAACACAGGCUUCCAGCAGCAAUAGAAGAUGGAAUAAAUGCAGUAAAAUGGUUACAAUCACAGGCAAAGUUAAAACAAAUAGUUAACAUUAACAACCAUUAUAGUAAUCAUCAAAAUCCUUCCAAAUUGUUGCUUCAAGACAAUGCUGUAGACUUCGAAAAGGUUUAUAUUAUAGGUGACUCUUCUGGUGGGAAUAUAGCUCAUCAUUUGGCUGUCUGUUUCGGAUACGGGUCUCCGGAUCUUUCUCCCAUUCGGAUAUGUGGGUAUGUGCUUUUAGGUCCCUUUUUUGGCGGAUCUCUUAGGACCAAAUCUGAAGCUGAAGGUCCUCCUGAACCUAUUCUUACCUUGGACUCUCUUGAUAGGUUUUGGAGAUUAUCUCUACCAAAAGGGGAAGAUAGAGACCAUCCAAUAGCAAACCCGUUUGGACCUUAUAGUCCAAAUUUAGAAAGGGUGUCACUUGAUCGAAUGCUAAUAAUUGUGGGUGAAAAAGAGAUACUGAAAGAUAGAGUUAAGGAGUAUGCAAAGAACAUGAAAGGGCUUGGCAAAGACAUUACUUAUAUUGAAUUUGAAGGUCAAUACCAUGGGUUUUACGCACAUAACCCUUGCUCUAAUGCCUCAAACCAACUUUCCCAACUCAUCAAACAAUUCAUGUCAUGCUAGCAACCUUAAGCAAUUGUUAGUUUCUUUUCUAUGAUAAUUGUCAUUCUUAAUUUUUCAUAUGCUUUGUGAAACAUGAUUAAUGAUUACUCUCUUUGUCUCUUUAAAUUUACAAUUGAAAGGGAUAUUUUCGCUCAUAACAUGUUAAUUAGUUUUAGAAGCAAACUCAAAGAA